AUGGGGGUGGUAUUGGGCCGAUUUUGGGCCCGUUUAAUUGAGUUUCCAAUCAAGCGCAAACCUAUUUGUUUCUACUUGCAAAAAAAUUUCACAAGUACAGGGGAGGAGAAAAUUGACGAAAACGAAACCCAAACUGACGCAUAUGAUGAAUUACAAAGUGCCUUUGUUAAGAAAUUAGCUGAAACACGAAAAAAAAACGAAAAUUGGUUGAAAGAAAAUUUCCGGUAUUGGGACCAACUUGUCGUCGAUAAUCUCAACAAUAUUUUUAUUCUACUAGCCUCCGAAAGCAACGGAAUGAUGGAUUUUCAACACUUUUGUUGGUUUUUGGACAGUAUUGGUGAUUCGACUUCGGCCGAUUUGCGUGAAUUAAAAUUUACAAAAUCUGACACCAAUGACGAUGGGUUUAUCAAUGUCGAUGAGUUUUUACUCCUGGUGUACCUCUACCACCCAGCUGACGAAAUGGAAGGGUUGAGAGGAGUCGCGAAAAUUUGCUACCAAAUGGCCCAAAAAAUCGCGCUCGUCGGAGACUUAACUGUAGGAGAGCAACUUCAAUACGGCUUAUUUUAGAGAAAUAGCAGUAGCAGCACAAUUAAAUAAGAAAAUAAAAAAAAAUGAAAAAUUAAAAAAAUAUAAAAAAGGUUCUGUAGAAUAUUUAUUCUGAAAAUUUGGUAAAACACGGUCGGUGUGGUUU